AUGGAACUACAGAAACUGAGAUUUUACUCCACUGUACGGACAUGUCGGAGUUUUGAGCGCGAAAGGGCUCACCUCAAAUACCAUAACCAUCCCGGCUUCGAUUGCACUAUGCCUGGCUUCUUCUCCAAUUCUUUGUCGAUUAACGGCAGCGAGAUUGACAACUUUCUUGCAAGGACGGAGACAGUUGAGAGACUCUCAAGCUCUGCGACGUUUGAGUCUGGAAAUUUGAAGAAAAGGAGGUUUGAUAGCUUCUUUAUAGAGACUAAG